ACCCUAAUUCGACACACCUCACCUCCUACCUCUCCCUUGACCGACUCCUUCCACCUCACUCGCCCGCAGGUGCCUCAGGGUCUCGCCCAAUUCCCGCGCAAACAUCGCCGCAAUCCCAUGAAACAUCGAUUCCAAGCCCAUCAAUCCUGCCUACACCCACUCCAGCGAUGCAGCAUGCAUUUCGACCAGCAAAUAUAGCCCGGAUAUCUGUUUGCAACUUCGCUCAUCACCACCCCGCCACCUGAGCGAACACCGAUCCCUUUCUAGUCACCAAUGGCGCUUCACCGUGGCAUCCAAUCGGCGGUCUUCUACUACGUCUCCUGCGCACCAUGUGCAGACGCCAAGUACAGGAAGAAGAGGCGGCGCGAGGCGGAGUUGGGGCGUUUGGACAGAGAAGCAUUGGCGGCCGAGAUGCCGGAUUUCUAUCGCCAGGCUGACCCCAGCUCCACCAACCCGCAUUGGGCAACGGAGAUUGAGACUGGGCCGGUGUUGUCGCCGCGAGGAAAGUGGAAGGGUUACAGCGGCGAGAAUCGGAUAGGAGGAGUUCCGCAAACGAGUGCGACGCAGAGAAGUAAUGGGAGCAACCGGCCGAGCUCCGUGGACGUGAGCACACAAGGGGGCAGCAGGGACGGCGCCAGUGAUCGCAGAUCUGAAUACCAGCGCUACCAACGGGACGAUGAUGAAUUAUGGGGCUCGUCUUCGACGGAGAGGCUGGGGUUCAGUAGAUCAUGGCAGGCGCCGGGCGUUGCGGAGCCGCCACGAGCUUAUUUCCGUUCCACUGACACGAGCGACUACUCGACAAUUCGCAACCCACAAAUCAACGAUUUGCAUCCGGCAACGGUGACGAAGAUCAAUUCGCCGGAGGAGGCGAGAUGGAUGUUCCAGCCUCCACCCACUGCGGAUGUCAUGAGUGGCAAGACGCAGUAUCCGCGAAGUCGGAGUGACAGCGGGAAUAGCAGUCGAUACUCCGCCCGAUCUGCUGUUCCACUAUCACGUAACUUGAGCCACCGCUUGAUCGAGCGACGACUGAAGAAUGGCGAGCAUGCUUCGACACCAAACAUGUCGCACGAGAGCUCGGGGGCCACGGCAAAUGACACGAAGGCUCAGCGACAGGGGCCGCCCGUCGAUGAAAGGGAUUUCGGUGAUAUCGAGGAACACCACCCGGCGAGACCUGUACAACAUCACUCUGAUAUGGCGAGAUCCUCGGAAGGCUCUUCCGGCACGGUGCUGCGAUACCCACCUGCGACCGCUGCAUCAUUUGAUGAACGACCACCACGAAAAGUGACAUCCAGGCAACAACUGUCCACCAUAAUGUCGAACAGCAACACAGCAUCCGAUGAGGACCUCCACAACCCACGAUCUCGUCGUUCAGCCCUCAUGACCAAAGACGAUUCCAUCCGCGUGCUACAAGAACUCGCACCACACUCACGCAUCUUCAAAAAGCAAGUCAUCUCUGGCGACGAGCUAGUCCGGGCAUCUAAGAAAACGGCGCGGAUGCCUUCGCAGGAUGCUGCUCGGGAGAGGGUGCCUGACAUCGACCCGGAGAUUCUGGAGGCUUGGGACACGGGGGAAUCCGCCCUGCCGGACUGGAUUCUGGAGCAUACGAAACGAGAGGUGAAGGAGCGGUGGAGUAUGGACAUCUGAUCUGCUUUCACUCUUUGUUCGUAGGGAAGCUUGAAUGGCUAUUGUCAGCGUAGGAAUUUGGUGCUGAGCGGGGAAUGAUUCUGCAGCGGUUGGCUAGCCAUAAGAGAGAUAUAGAUACUACAGGUAGAACCGAUGGUGUCUAUACAAUACGCAGCACUCAACUGCUGCCCAAUUCAAGGCCUCCUGUUGUCGUGCAUCAUCAUCGCCGGACAACGGCCAGAA